AUGAGAUGAUAGCUAUUAUUUGAAACAUUUUAAUCAGAUUGAAUUGUGAUGGUUCUCCUCAAUUAAGAAAGCAACCCAGACUUCCACAGAGUUGCUGUGAGCUGGCUCUUUUGCACUGAAGAAUCAAGGAGUUAAGGAGAUUACCACUGUCAACUUAAAAACUGGAGGCUGCAGAAGGAUCCAAGAGAAGAUUCCUGUGUUUAUCCCUUCCAUCCUCAAAACAGCAUGAGCUGGGCUGAAGCUAUUUUAGGUGUUUUUCUAGAUCCUGGAUUGUCGAGGACUAUGCUGCUAAUGCUUCUAGGCAAGUGCAGCCUGCAGCAUCCUUUUAUUCUUGGUGGUUUGGACGGUCGUUGCAUUGACUCGCAACUUCCCUCUUAACUCAAAGGAUGAGACAAUGCUGGAGAUUUCUCCCAUUUGAUCAGCUGAAUUUCCACCCAUACAGCUGGAUUUUGAUCCUAUGGUUCAGGCUGAAGCUUUCCUUACUUCUGCAGAGACUGCCCUAACCAACAUCAGCAGAACCGCCUCAGCCACUAGCCAUCACCCAGCGGGGAAAAAGAUCAUGCGCUGUCUUGUCAGGCUCGUCAUGAAGGGUGACGUCCCCAAUGACCUGGUGCUUAGCUUCCAGAGGAGGCCAAUGGUCGUGCUGUCCAGGUGCAGAGAUUCCCGGAAGGUUUUUCACGGAAGUCAGAGAGGAAAAAACCUGGCACCCGAAAAACGGCUGGGACUGGAUCACAGAGACACCAUGAUUCCUGGUAACCGAAUGCUGAUGGUCAUCCUACUAUGCCAAGUCCUGCUAGGAGGUACUAACCAUGCUAGCCUGAUACCCGAGACCGGCAGGAAGAAAGUCGCAGAGCUUCAGGGACAAGCCGGAUCCGGACGCCGCUCUGCCCAAAGCCAUGAACUCUUGCGGGGUUUCGAAACAACUCUGCUGCAGAUGUUUGGGCUGCGAAGGCGGCCUCAGCCCAGCAAGUCAGCCGUCAUUCCUAGUUACAUGCUGGAUCUCUAUCGACUCCAGUCUGGAGAAGAGGAGGAAAGCCUCCAGGAAAUUAGCCUGCAGUACCCUGAGCGAUCGACCAGCCGGGCAAACACCGUGAGGAGUUUCCACCAUGAAGAGCACCUGGAGACCGUCCCGGGUCCCAGCGAGGCACCCCGGAUCCGCUUCGUCUUCAACCUCAGCAGCGUGCCGGAAAACGAGGUGAUCUCCUCGGCGGAGCUGCGGCUGUACCGGGAGCAGGUGGAGGAGCCGAGCGCGGCGUGGGAGAGGGGCUUCCACCGGAUAAACAUUUACGAAGUGAUGAAGCCGCUGUCGGAGCGCGCUCAGGCCAUUACGCGCCUGUUGGACACGCGUCUGGUGCACCACAACGUGACGCGCUGGGAGACCUUUGAUGUGAGCCCGGCUGUGAUCCGGUGGACCAAGGACAAGCAACCGAACCACGGGCUGGUGAUUGAGGUGACCCACCUCCACCACGCACAGACUCAUCAGGGCAAACACGUCAGGAUUAGCCGAUCUUUACCUCAAGGGCGCGGGGACUGGGCUCAGCUCAGGCCGCUCCUGGUCACUUUUGGGCACGACGGGCGAGGCCACGCGCUGACCCGUAGAGCCCGCCGGAGCCCCAAGCACCAGCGUUCCCGCAAGAACAAAAAAAACUGCCGCCGCCAUGCCCUCUAUGUGGAUUUCAGCGACGUGGGCUGGAACGACUGGAUCGUGGCACCCCCGGGGUACCAGGCGUUUUACUGCCACGGGGACUGCCCCUUCCCUCUGGCCGACCACCUCAACUCCACGAACCACGCCAUCGUGCAGACGCUGGUCAACUCCGUGAACUCCAGCAUCCCCAAGGCCUGCUGCGUGCCCACGGAGCUGAGCGCCAUCUCCAUGCUCUACCUGGAUGAGUAUGACAAGGUGGUCCUGAAAAACUACCAGGAGAUGGUGGUGGAGGGGUGCGGGUGCCGCUGACCCCCUUCCCCGCCACCUUCUCCUCCCCUUCUCUCUCCCUCCCGUCCCACCCCAGAACUGCUUGCGAUAGCUGGACUCUUCUCUAAACUAAACGUUCACCUUGACCUUAUUUAUGACUUUAUGUGCAAAUGUUUUUGACAAUAAUGAUCAUAUAUUUUGACAAAAUAUAUUUAUAACUACAUAUUAAAAGAAAAAAAUAAAAUGAGUCAUUAUUUUAAAGGUAAA